AUGUUUCCCCAGUCUCACAUUGCUUCUGAUAGAGAUGAACUAAGAGAGCCCAAAAGAGUAGAUGAAUCUGUUCACCAGACUCCUGAACAACAAGGACAGGGAAAUGUGAUUGGAACUGAUCCUAUUGCUAUUAAAAGAAUUGCUAUUGGAGUUGCAUCUGCUAUGUGUAAUACUGACAGAGAUUUUAGUAUUGAAAGGGCUAUAAAGUUAGGGGCUAAAGUGUUCACUGGCACAGCUGAUCCUACAAUUGCACAGGCAUGGAUGACUAAGAUAGAGAGGCUAUUUGAUGUUAUGGGUUGCUCAGACGAUCGAAAGUUGUGUCUUAGCACUUUCUUAUUAGAGGAGGGUGCAUAUGAUUGGUGGCAGCUGGUACGGAGCACAUAUCUAGACCCUUCCAUCAUUACCUGGAUAGAUUUUCAUCAUAUCUUUUACGAUGCCUAUUAUUCUCGGUCCUACAAAGAUGCAAAGCAGGAGGAAUUUCUGAAACUAGUACAAGGCCAGAUAACUAUUGCAGAAUAUCAGGUGAAAUUUAUUGAACUUUCAAAGUAUGCCCAAGUUCUGGUAAGCAACGAAAUUGAUAAAUGUAGACGAUUUGAAAAAUCAGCUUUGAGAGUAGAAAAGAGCAUUUCUGAUAGGCCAAGUGGAAGAGAACAAAUAAUAUUCAGAGCAAGCAGUAGUCAGACAAUGGCAAGUGCUUCUAGUUAUAGACCACCACAGAAGGACAGUAAUGGAUUUCGAACUGGUGUGUCCAGUUCAGAUAAAUUCAAAUCUCAAUUUCGAGGAAGUCAGGGUCCUAGAUUCAAUCCUAGUAUUGUACAGCAGCCAUUGUCCAGUCGUACUUAUACUCAGGGUUCUUUCCAGAGAUCAUUUACUCCUAGACAGGGAGAGAGUUUUACUAGAACUGGCCAAUUGUAUUCCAGGAGGGUGGCAUGGCAUAGAGGAUGUUUCCUCAGCAGAGUGCUGGUAGAACAAGAUAGAAUCAGACUCAGAGAGAUGAUUCAGCUAACAGAGCAGGUGAUAGAGGAGUCAUCAGAUCUUAUCAUGGGUAUGUUGUCUAUUUUUGAUAGAAAUGCUCGUAUUUUGAUUGGUCCUGGAUCUACACAUUCUUUUAUGUCAUUUGCAUUUGCUUUAUAUGCGAAUCAAAAGUCAGAACUUUUAGGUAGUUGUUUGGUAGUGAAUACACCAGUAGGAGAAUCACUAUUAGUAAAUAAUAUAUAUCAAAAUUGUGGGAUUAAGAUAAAGGAGAACGAACUCAAGGCAAAUUUAAUACCUCUUGACAUACAUGAUUUCGAUGUUAUCUUGGGUAUGGACUUUCUAACAACAAAUCGAGCUUCAGUUGAUUGUUUUCGAAAGAAAGUUGUGUUUAGACAGCCAGGACAGCCUGAAAUUAUAUUCAAUGGACAACAUAGAAUUUUACCGUCUUGUGUGAUAUCUGCUAUUGACGCUAGAAGAUUACUUAACAAGGGUUGCCAUGCAUAUUUAGCUCAUGUGAUUGAUACAGAUGUUAGCAAACUAAAACUUGAAGAUAUCCCCAUGGUCAAGGAAUUUUUCUAA